CUUUUUCCGACUGUUAAUUUUAAUUAGCAUCCUGAUUGACUGCAUAUUUAUGUCCAUGACUGAUUUGCCAAAAUGGGGGCCAGCAUUACAGAAUACUUUGCUUGGAAUUUAUACAUUUGAAAUACUUGUAAAACUCAUUGCAAGAGGCAUCUGGGCAGGAUCUUUUUAUUUCUUUGGUGAUCCAUGGAACUGGCUCGAUUUCAGUGUAACUUUGUUUGAGCAUAUAUCAAGAUAUUCACCUCCAAACUUCAUUUCAAUAUUUCGAAUUACAAGAAAUUUGAGAAUUUUGAAAAUUAUUCCUUUAAACCAAGGUCUGAAGUCUUUUGUAGGGAUCCUGAUCCAUUGUUUGAAGAAACUCACUGGGGUCAUCAUCCUAACUCUCUUCUUUCUGAGCAUAUUUUCUCUAAUUGGGAUGGAGCUCUUCAUGGGCAACCUGAAGCAUAAAUGUUUGCGAUGGCCCCAAGAAAAUGAAACUGAAACACUGCACAACAGAACUGGAAACCCUUAUUAUAUUCGAGAAACAGAAAACUUUUAUUAUUUGGAAGGAGAAAGAUAUGCUCUUCUUUGUGGCAACAGAACAGAUGCUGGUCAGUGUCCUGAAGGAUAUGUGUGUGUAAAAGCUGGUGUAAAUCCUGAUUAUGGCUACACAAAUUUUGACAGUUUUGGCUGGACCUUAUUAGCCCUAUUUCGGUUAAUGAUGCAGGAUUACCCUGAAGCACUUUAUCACCAGAUCCUUUAUGCUUCUGGGAAGGUCUACAUGAUAUUUUUUGUUGUGAUAAGUUUUUGGUUUGCCUUUUAUAUGGCAAGUUUGUUCUUAGGCAUACUUGCUAUCUCCUGUGAAGAAGAAAAGCAGAGAGCUGCUGAAAAAGCUAAGAAGAUUGAGCCGGAGCUUCAGCAGGCUUUAACGGAACUUCAAGAAGGAAAUAAAGCAGCAGAGACCAAGACUACAGAAAUAGAAAUGAAGAAAAGAUCAUCAACUUCUAUGAUUACUUCUUUGGAUAUGUUGGAUGAUGCUACUAUCAGACAGAAAGAAGAACUUAGAAAAUCCAGGAAGAGAUGCCCAUUUUGUUGGUAUAGAUUUGCUAAAACUUUCUUGAUCUGGAAUUGUUCUCCUUGUUGGUUAAAGUUGAAAGAGUUUGUCCAUAUUAUUAUAAUGGACCCAUUUACCGAUCUUUUCCUUACCAUAUGCAUAAUUCUAAAUGUACAUUUUUUGGCCUUAGAACACUACCCAAUGAGUUUAGAAACGAACAAUAUUCUCAACAUUGAAAACCAGGUGUUUAUUGGAAUUUUCACAGCAGAAAUGAUUUUUAAAAUAAUUGCCAUGCAUCCAUAUGGGUAUUUCCAAGUAGGCUGGAACAUUUAUGAUAGCCUAAUUGUGUUCCAUGGUUUAGUAGAACUUUAUGUAACACAUUGUCAUGGACUGGCUGUUUUACGAUCAUUCAGGGUGUUGCGAAUUUUCAAAUUGGGGAGAUAUUGGCCAACUUUCAAGAUUUUGCUGCUGACUCUUGGUAACUCAGUGAUGGCCCUGAAAGACUUGGUCCUGCUGUUGUUCACAUUCAUAUUCUUUUCUGCUGUGCUUGGCCUGAAGCUGUUUGGUUCAAAUUACAAAAUGUACGUCUGCAACAUAGAUGAAGACUGUCAACUUCCACGCUGGCACAUGCAUGAUUUCCUCCACUCCUUCCUGAAUGUAUUCCGGAUUCUCUGUGGAGAGUGGAUAGAAACUUUAUGGGAUUGCUUUAAGGUAGCAGGCCAAUUCAGUUGUAUUCCUUUUUACAUGAUGGUGAUUUUAGUUGGAAACUUAUUGAUACUUUACCUGUUUCUGGCAUUGGUCAGCUCAUUUAGUUCAUACAAGGCUGCAACAACUGAAGAGAAUGAUGAAGCAAAAAAUCUCCAGCGUGCAAUGGCGAGGAUUAAAAAAGGAAUAAAUUAUGUGCUUUCUAAAAUAUUAUGCAAAAACCAAAAUGUUCCAGAGGAAACAAUGGACAAUGUAAGUGAUAUAUAUGUUAAAGAGAAUAUUUCUGACCAUACUCUCUCUGAAUUGAGCAACACCCAAGAUUUCCUCAAGGAUAAGGAAAAAAGCAGUGGCACAGAGAAAAACACAAUGACCGAAAAUGGGAGUCAGUCACUUAUCCCCAGUCCCAGUGUCUCAGAAACUGUACCGAUUGCGUCAGAAGAAUCUGAUAUAGAAAAUCUGAACAAUAAGGAGAUUCAGAGCAAGUCAGGUGAUGGAAGCAGCAAAGAAAAGGUAAAGCAAUCUAGCUCAUCUGAAUGCAGUACGGUUGAUAUUUCUAUCUCUGAAGAAGAAGAAAUGGUCUAUGAACGUGGAAAGCCAAAGCGUCUUAAAAACGGUUAUGGACGAAGAUCUUCAUCUGCUCAAAUCAGCAGAGACUCCAGGAAAAGAAAAAUUUGGCAGAACAUAAGGAAAACUUGCUGCAAGAUAGUAGAAAACAGUUGUUUUAAGUGUUUCAUUGGCCUUGUCACUCUGCUCAGCACAGGUGCUCUGGCUUUUGAAGAUAUAUAUAUUGAUCAGAGGAAGACUAUUAAAAUCUUAUUAGAAUAUGGUGACAUGAUCUUCACUUACAUCUUUAUUCUGGAAAUGCUUCUAAAGUGGAUGGCAUACGGUUUUAAAGCCUAUUUCACUAAUGGCUGGUACCAACUAGACUUCAUGGUUGUUAUUGUGUUUUGUCUUAGCUUAAUAGGCAAAUCUCGGGAAGAACUAAAACCACUUAUUUCCAUUAAAUUCCUUCGAGCACUCAGAGUUCUAUCUCAAUUUGAAAGAAUGAAGGUGGUAGUGAGAGCUUUGGUAAAAACAACUUUACCCACAUGGAAUGUGUUACUGGUCUGCCUUAUGAUCUGGCUGGCUUUUAGCAUCAUAGGAGUACACUUAUUUGCUGGCACAUUCUAUGAAUGCAUUGACCCAACAAGUGGAGAAAGGUUUCCUAUAUCUGAAGUCAUGAAUAGAAGUCAAUGUGAAAGCCUUGUGUUUAAUGAAUCCAUGCCAUGGGAGAAUGCAAAACUGAACUUUGAUAAUGUUGGAAUCAGUUUCCUUUCACUGCUUCAAGUAGCCACAUUUAAUGGAUGGAUCACUAUUAUGAAUUCAGCAGUUGAUUCUAUUGGUAACAAGUUCCAAGGAUUUGUCUUUGACUUGGUAACAAAUCAAGUUUUUAAUAUCAUCAUCAUGGUUCUUAUAUUUUUCCAAGCAAUAACCAUUAUGAUACAAAGUGAUGAACAGAACCCCAAAAUUGACAUUGCUGUCUACUGGAUUAACUCAGUUUUUGUUACACUGUACACUGGAGAAUGUGUACUAAAGCUCAUCGUUUUCCGUUAUAACUAUUUCACCAAUGGAUGGAACAUUUUUGAUUUUAUGGUGGUUGUUUUCUCUAUGACAGGACUAUUUCUGCCUCUGAUGGUGGGAUAUUACCUUGUACCUCCUUCCCUUUUGCAACUGAUACUUCUCUCACGGAUCAUCCACAUCCUGCGUCCUGAGAAAGGACCAAAGAUGUUCCAUGAUCUGUUGCUUCCUUUGGUGCUGUCCCUCCCUGCAUUGUUGAACAUCAGUCUCCUCAUCUUCCUGAUCAUGUUCGUCUACGCCAUCUUUGGAAUGUACAAUUUUGCCUAUGUUAAAAAGGAAGCUGGAAUUAAUGAUGUGUCCAACUUUGAAACCUUUGGCAGCAGUAUGCUCUGUCUUUUCCAAGUUACAAUAUUUGCUGGUUGGGACGAGAUGCUCAAUGCAAUUUUCAACAGUAAAUGGUCUGACUGUGAUCCUGAUAAAAUUAACCCUGGGACUCAGGUUAGAGGAGACUGUGGUAACCCCUUUGUUGGGAUUGUUUAUUUUGUCAGUUACAUCCUCAUAUCAUGGCUGAUCAUUGUAAACAUGUACAUUGUUGUUGUCAUGGAGUUUUUAAAUAUUGCUUCUAAGAAAAAAGCCAAGACAUUGAGUGAAGAUGAUUUUAGGAAAUUUUUUCAGGUAUGGAAGAGGUUUGAUCCCGAUAGAACCCAGUAUAUAGACUCUAGCAAGCUUUCAGACUUUGCAGCUGCUCUUCAUCCUCCUCUUUUCAUGGCAAAACCAAACAAGGGCCAGAUCGUUGCCAUGGAUCUUCCCAUGGCUGUCGGGGACAGAGUUCAUUGCCUUGACAUCCUACUCGCUUUAACAAAGCGAGUUAUGAGUCAAGAUGUAAGCAUGGAGAAAGUUCUUUCAGAGAUGGAAUCUGGAUUUAUGUUAGCCAACCCUUUUAAGAUCACAUAUGAGCCAAUUACAACUACUCUGAAACGAAAACAAGAGGCAGUCUCAGCAACCAUCAUUCAGCGUGCUUAUAAAAGUUACCGUUUGAGGCAAAAUGACAAGAAAACAUCAGAUAUUCAUAUGAUAGAUGGGGACGUGGAAGUUCAGGCUAUCAAAGAAGGUUCAUAUUUUGACAAAACUGAGGGAAAGUCAACUAUUUAAAGCCAGAUCUAAUCCCACUCACUACCUUUUCACCUUCUUUACAUAUUCCCCAAAUGUUAAAAGUUUAGAUCAGAAAUAAAAGAAAAGAUCAGAGAAAGUAAAGAUUUCACUUAAAAAUCAAUUGUUUACAACCCAUGGAAGAUAAGCUUGUGCUCACAAGAUCCCACGUCCAAUUCACUUUUACCCCUGUAUAUUCAGUCUGACCAAGACAACCCCUUGAUAUUACUGCAGAGUUAAAUCGGGUUAAAACUGUUGUUUAAUAAUCCAAUACUUGUUUUCUCUAUAUGGCUUAUAUGGAGUGUGCUUCUUCUGGAGGGUUGGGGGAGGUAGUAGCAGAAAUUAGUAGCCGAAGGAGCUUACUUAUACAUUUUAUGUCUACUUUAACUUGAUGGGAUUCAAGUCACUACUAAUGGGACUUAAUUACAAAUAAAAAAGUACUUUCUUAAAGUGGGAUGGUAUUUUAAAAAAUAGUACAAUGCUACAGGCCAUUAAAUCAUAAACUUGCCUAGGCCGAUGCCAAUCAGGGGAAGAGGAAAGGCAGUUCUUAGAAAGUGUCUCUGAGAUUAAUCAAAGAGACUCUUGGGCUGAUUCAAACCACUUUUGAAAACGAUUGAUGAGAGCCUAGGUUUUGUUUUUGAUUGUUUUGGUUUUAUUUAUUUUUGGUUUGUGAAUUAAUGUUGUUUCAUUGUUCUUGGAUUCCUGGUUUCUCAUCUUUUUGGCUAGUUCCAGCUAAGGACCAUUCUCUCUUUAAGAGAAUGAGUUCCUAGAACAAUCAGCAUAAAGGGAGCUACAGUUAUAGCCUACAUUUUCUAAUUUUCCUCAUUUCUCCUUGGGAAACUGUGGCCACUUUGUAGUACUUUUCACUGCACUUCAUGGAUUUUUAUAACUUUCAGAAAGAAAAUGAUCACUAAAACUGUGUGGACUCUGAACUAGGAGAUCAAAGUGUGAGUUUGCUGUUCGUGGUGUUUUAUAACAUCAGUGUAUGCAACUUAGUUUCCACUUUCACAUUUAUCUUUCCAAGUUUUCUGUUUUGUUUUGUGUUUAUUUCAUCACAUACAUAAUUACUAUGUAAAAUGUUUUAUGUUUGAAAAACUUUAAAAUCCUAAGCAUUAAUUUUCACAAGAUAGUAAGAUAGGCACAAAUUGUUGUUUUGAUGUAAUCAUAAAAUGUAGUCUCUUGCAUCCCUGUAGUUUGAGAUUCAGAUAUUUAUUCUAUUUGUGUGAUGAUUGAUUUCAGUGUGCCUACAAAGCCCUAAAGGAUUCAGAAGGAAAAUAUGUAUACUGAUGACUUAAUGAAAAGCUUUAAAUAUGUUGUAUGACAUUCAAUAUCACUUAAAUAUCAGUAAUUGUAUUUUAUUAUGAAUGCAUGAUCUUGAUUGAGCCUUAACUAUUAUAAUCUAUUUCUGCUCCUCAGAAAUGUAUUAACCUGACCAAGAUGCCUUUGGGGGAUCCCCUAAGCAAAUAUAAUUUCAGAGUUCUGUUUCUUACUAUAAAUGUUGCUUCCCUCUCUCCUCCUCUUCUCCAUCAUGUGAUGGGGACCAAUGAGGAAUCAGUGUUAAUUUGGUGACAUGGUGACAGCUGGUGCUUUAUUUAAGCUUCUCAAUUUUCUAUUUCUUGGAAAUGCUUUAAUGUGGAAACUGCUUCAAAUAUUUAAACUGAAUCUAAGCUUGCUUCUGUAAAUUCCAUAAAGACUAUGAACUGAUUUUAGUUCGAAAAUGAUAUCUUUUAAUUGUAAAUCGUGUUUGCCACUAACCUUCCGAAAGCUAUGUAAAGAAUUAUUUUUAACAAAUCUUACAACAUAUUUUACUUUUUAGAUACUAAAGAAAAUAGUAAAUACAACUUGUUAACCAAGGUAAGCUUUGGUUCUUUUUCUUUCGUAAAUUAGGUUGACAACUUUGUGUAAUAAGAACUUUUUUAAAAUGAGCCUUACAUUAAAGCUUAUUCAUUCAGGUUCAAAGUUCGAAACUGGAAAUAUUUUUGCUUCGUUUGGAUUAACUUAAUUUUGUAAAAUAAAUAUUAGUAAGCUUACCAGAGAUCCUUACAAACUGAAAAAUGUAAAAAGCACUCCUCUUAGCAAAAUCCGAAGUUUACUGGAUAUAUCUCCAUAUUUUUAGAAGUUGCUAUAUGGAAGAUAAUGCUGAAAUUAAAUUUAUUGUUAUGCUAAUAUUUAUCAAUACCUGCUUCUUUAAAAUUUUUC